CAGAUGCAGAUCUAGCUGGAAUUCAAAGUAUUAGACCAUCUAGGCAGCAGGAGGCUCGGAAUGGAACAACCUGUCUGGUUAUGAUGAGUGAUGCCGGAUCAUCAACACCCUCCAAGCUGGAAGACCGGCCAACUACCCUGAGGAAAUCAUGCGAUGCAUGUCAUCGUGCCAAGCAGAAAUGCUCAGGGCACAAACCUUCUUGUGUAAGGUGUAGGCAAAGCGGGUGGAAUUGCGUCUAUGCUCCUCGAGCUCGCCGAAAAGUAGUCCCUAGGAAGGCGAGUGCAGAACCGACCGAAGUUACCAGAGUUCGAAAAGAAAAGAACGGAUCAGAUGCGGACUCGUCGGGCUUGGAUUUCUUGCCAGAGAGAAAGGAGGAACCUGAAGCAGGACCUAGCAGGCUGCGUGAUAGUCCGGUCAAGCGGCCUACCAAACGAAGGAAAGGAGGGGACGCUGGCGAGCUCGAUGUCACCUACAGCUACUCAGACAGUCCUGACAAUGGUCACGAUAAAGGGUUCAUCAGAGCGAGGGGGGAGGGUGGUAGCGGCUAUGUGAGGAGAGAUGCCCAAGGCAAGGAAUUGUUGAUGACCGCAAGGGAAUAUCUGCAAUGUUUACAAGCAGACGGACACCUUAACAGCCUGGAUCUAUCUGCAUUUCUCUCUCUUGUUGAGCCUCGUAAUCCGUCUCUCACACCGAUAUCGCUACCUAUCCCUCCCUUACCGCCUGUCGAGGAUCGGGUGCCAGAAAUCGACAAGAUGAUCAUGGAAUCCAUCUCCGAGGAAACGCCUGCCGAUUUGCAAGUACAUUCGGAUCCGUACGACGAACAGCCGUUUGAAGAGGAAGACGUCGAGAUCGAGAUUGGGACGAACGUGGUGCCGGAAGAUGACUCCCCGACGCUCAUCCACUUUGCGGUUGAAGAAUCGGCCGACAUGCGGUUCUUUGCCAGGAGCAACUCGAUGCCGCCUGUCUCAUCGUUACCACCACUCGAAAUGACAUCCUUCUUGGCUUCUCAAGCACCGCCAUAUUCGCCUCGGAGUCAUUAUCUCACAGAAGGCUUGGAUCUCGCCGCCUCUAGCAGGACACCGGUGCUUUCGACGUUCGACGAUGCCAUGGCCCUGGUCAGACCACCCACAACAAACGGUUGGAGCACGUCUAUCCCCAUGCCAAAGCCUUACGACCCGCAAACCAUCAUCACACAGAGCCAUUACGCUUCGAGUCCCUUGACACCAAUGCAUAUCGAUUCCCGGGAUACCCGUCCUCCCUCCGAGAUGAGUUCGACAACCUGGGAAUUCGUUGGAUUAGGUCAGGCAGCGGCGUAUCGAACGCAUUCGUCUCUACAAAGAGCUCACUCAGUUCCACAGUCGCCAUUCCCGACCCAACAUUUCGGUUCGAUUCCCCAUGUAACGGGGCCUGUCAGCGUGAUAGGAGAUUUCGGAACGACAAGUGGGACGGAGUUCCCAGCUCCUAGUCCGUAUGCGGUCGAGACUGUCGUUAGCAACGGCGUCAUGUCGAGGCAUGACGGCUUUAUGGCAUCGACAGCCGGUCUACCGGAUCACAGGGCGUCGCCGGACGUUGACGUGGACAUGUCGGGGUUGUUAAAUAACGAGAUGGAGGAGGACGAGAACGGGGUUCGCCAGGUCACUGUGGUCAGCGUUCAGUCUGAUAAGCCGAAAUUCACCCCGACGUUGAAUUGGAACUCGACCGCGACCACCAUGCCAACCUCAUCGAUCACGAAAGACUCUGAAGGAGAAAUCGACACUGCUUGCCAUCACCUGGCGGAUAUUUCGCAUACGCUUUUUGCCAUCAAUACUCUGGGUAAACCUAAGGACAUGGCGCUGGUGGACAUCUUUCCUCAACUGGGUCGAGCAAUAGAGAUCCUGCUGGUCGCAGUGACAUGCGCAUCGUGUGCGACUUUGCCUAUGACUUCUCUUGCCCACCUCGCCCUGCUUUCCCGUAUUUGCGAUAUCCUUCGGUAUCCACAUCCGAUCACUCCAUCGCCGUUACCUCUUAUCGUCGCUGGAGGAAGUAUCACCAUGACUGGAUUGGCACCUGAGAUGGAGGUUCAUAUCGUCGAUGUCAUCUGGGCAAACUGGCGAGGCUCUUCUGUACAAAAGGUCUGUGCGCUGAUGAAGAAAGAGGCAAGGGAGACGCUAGGUCGGAUCGCCGAGGAGGAGAUCAAGCAGAGAGCACAGGCAGAAGAAGCGGAUAAAUCAGGGCGUGACCACGAAGAGUUUAUGGUGGAAGGAUCGCUACCGAAUUGCGCUCAACCGCCAGAGUCGAGAGAUCAGCAAUAUAUCGUGCGGGAACUGAACGGGGUGAUUUUCCGCGAGCCGGUCAAGGAUUCGACAGAGACGGCACAGCCCACAUUCAAAACUGGUCCGGAAGGGAGUCGAGCUAAAUUUAUCGUCGACGCUAUCGAAAUCUUAUCGCGAAUACCGUCAAAAUAGUCAAAAUAACCCUGGGGUGCGCCGUCCCGGCGCGCCGCUGCGGGUGAUCUUGAUCGGAGAAUUAGGAUCGGUAACCUACUGCUACCUUUGU